GAGCAAGCAUGGCGGCUUCUAUUGCCAGGGGCUGCCGGGCUGCAAUGGCCCUGGGCCGGAGCUUUCGAUGCGCCUGGGCUCUGCGCCCUGCGCCGGCCUCUGUCGUCUGCCAGACCCUCGCGGGGCCGAGCUGGCGGCAGAUCACUGGACCUUCUGAGCCCGGCGCGUUCCAGCCACCGCCGAAACCGAUUAUCGUGGACAAGCGCCGUCCCCAGCGCCGGGAAAGCAGGUUCUUGAGUCCUGAAUUCAUUCCUCCAAGGGGAAGAACAAAUCCUCUGAAAUUUCAAAUAGAAAGAAAAGAUAUGUUAGAAAGGAGAAAAAUACUUCACAUUCCAGAGUUCUAUGUUGGAAGCAUUCUUCGUGUUACUACUGCUAACCCAUAUGCCAAUGGAAAAACCAGCCAGUUUCUGGGAAUUUGCAUCCAGAGAUCAGGAACAGGACUUGGAGCUACUUUUAUCCUUAGGAAUACUAUUGAAGGACAAGGUGUUGAGAUUUGCUUUGAACUUUAUAAUCCUCGAAUCCAGGAGAUCCAAGUAGUCAAAUUACAGAAACGGCUGGAUGAUAGCUUGCUAUACUUGCGAGAUGCUCUUCCUGAAUACAGCACUUUUGAUAUGAAUAUGAAGCCAAUAGCACAAGAACCUAGCCAAGAAGUUCCUGUUAAUCAGCUGAAAGUAAAAAUGAAGCCCAAGCCGUGGUCCAAACGCUGGGAACGUCCAAAAUUUAAUAUCAGGGGGAUCAGAUUUGAUCUUUGUUUAACUGAAGAGCAAAUGAAAGAAGCCCAGAAGUGGAGUCAGCCAUGGCUUGAGUUUGAUAUGAUGAGGGAAUAUGACACUUCAAAAAUUGAAGCUGCAAUAUGGGAUGAAAUUGAAGCAUCGAAAAAUUCCUGACCUGAGAAUGAGUUUGGUUACUUGCAGAGGAUAUACUGUCUCUCAGAGGAUUUAUUUAGAAACCAAUUUAAUCUCAUAUAUAAGGACAUAGUCAUUAAAUCAAUCAAACGUUCAUUAUUUUAUGAAUAUUAUUUAAAAAAUUAGCACACCAGUUUAUUACUUUAAAAAGAAAAAUGUACACGCCAAGUGGUCUGAUGUCCAUUCUCUUAAUGGAGGCAAAGCUACAAUAGAGUCAAACUGUUACCAGAAUGGUCUUCAUUGAGCUUGGAAUCUGAGCAAGGAAGUGGAUAGGAUGAUUUUUUAAAUUUGUGAAGUAAAUUAUAAAUUCAAAAAGUGUAUGAUUUAAAGAGUAAUAAUAAAAUGAGCAUUCAUAUACCCACCAUCAGGUUAAGAAGUAAAACAUUUGUAAUAUCUAAGAAGGUCAAGAAAUAGAGCAUUUACUAGAAUCUAAGAAGACUGUUGUGUGUUGUAAUUGCAUCCCUCCCCUCUUCCAGAUGUAGGCACUAUCCUGACUUUGUGUUAAUCAUUCCUUUGCAUUUCUUUUAUUUUAUUAUAUACACAUACACUCUUAAACAAUAUAUUUACUUUUGAAAAAUCUGUUGGCAGGUAUAAAAGGACAACAUUGUCAUUAUUACAUGAAAGCUUCAGGGAGAGCAUAACGAAGUCUUUGGGUCAUAGUCUGGCUUCAGCUUCCAUGAGAGUUCACAAAAAUCACUUUUGAGGAAGUUCAUGGCUAAGGUCAUGAGUGAGUCCUGCUAAAUAGAAGGCUCACCAGAGGGUAUCUGGAACGGCCUAUAGUGUGGACUGCAUAAUUGAUGUCUGACAAAAAUGUGGUUGUAGGGAGUAGACUUCUUUGUAUUUACUGGUUCUCAGUCCAUGAGGAAUUAAAUUCUAGCUCAAAGGAGUAGGUCAAGACAGUACUUCCAUAGGGUGAUGUGAGUGUCUUUGCUGAUCCUUGUAGCUGAGAUGGAAUGGAAAGCUGGCAUGUAAUCAUACAUGGUAAAGACCAACCUACAGAUAAUUAGGACCAGUUUCAACUGGGCAUGCUGUUCCUCAAGUUUAAAAGAGUACAGUACUAGCACUGAUCUUGAUGAGGGUAACCAUUAAUCUGUCUCUUGAAUUAUUCUGCUUAAAUCUAUGUUCUUGUGCCUAAGCUUUUGGGAUUUGCAUUUACUCUUCUCCUGUGCUGAUCUGUUUUCUAGAGUUUUUGUUUUCCAUUUUAUUGGCUUUAUUGUUUUCCAUUUUGGUGAAG